GACUUUAAGAUCAGAACAAUAGAAUUAGAUGGAAAGAAAAUCAAGCUACAAAUAUGGGAUACAGCAGGCCAGGAGAGAUUCCGCACAAUCACAACAGCUUACUACAGAGGAGCCAUGGGAAUUAUGUUGGUAUAUGACAUCACAAAUGAAAAGUCUUUUGACAACAUAAAAAACUGAAUAAGAAACAUAGAGGAGCAUGCCUCUUCAGAUGUAGAAAGAAUGAUCCUGGGUAAUAAAUGUGAUAUGAAUGAAAAAAGACAAGUCUCAAAAGAAAAAGGGGAGAAGUUAGCAAUUGAUUAUGGAAUCAAAUUUUUGGAGACAAGUGCAAAAUCCAGCAUAAAUGUGGAAGAGGCAUUUUUCACACUUGCACGGGACAUUAUGACAAAGCUCAACAGAAAAAUGAAUGACAACAGUUCAUCAGGGGCAGAAGAAUUUAAUGCAAUUUUGUUGUCCCCUGCUGAAACUGAAGAAUUCUAAUUUCAUGUGGUCUUAUGGAUAAGGUAAAAUGCAGAUUUCUCUCUUUUUCUUUGUUGUUUUGCCCCCACCCCUCUUCUCCAGCAGUAUUAAAUGGCUGAGUGGCUGCACUUUAUCGGUGUGCUAACUUUUGGUCAGUAUAGACCUCUUCCUGUGUACAGUCUGCCUUGUCAGACAUUGAAAAAUGUGCUGUAUCUUAGCGUGCAAAUCAGCUGUAUGUUUUACUGGGAAUUUUUAGCUAUAUUUUCCUUUAGACAAGCGGGUGAUGAUAAAUGGUAUGUUCUGCCUACGCAUCAGAUGCUGGGUACUACAGGCUUUUCUAAUAUCACUAUGAUUGUUUUGUGCAGUCUCUGUUGCUACUUUGCUCAAGACUAUAUAAUCUAAAUUUUGAAGGACUCUUAACCAUACCUCAGUGAACUAGUUAGUAUUCUAAUGUCCAUUAGAAUAAAAGUCAUAUAAUUAUUAUUCAUUAAGCAGCAAAUGUAUUUCUGUUUUGUUCCAGAAAUUGCCAUUAACCUUUCAGGAAAGGCAGACAUUUUUUGGUGGAUUUCCAUAAAACAAAAAUGCUGUUUAUGCUAUUGAAUUUUAUGAAAUCUUUCCCUCAGACCCAUGUCUGUGCACUAUAUCUUGACCAAUAUUUUUCUAAAUGGUUUAAAAAAAAAAAAAAAAGCCAAACAAAACCCAAACUGGUCUCAGUGCUUUGCAAUUUUAGCUUUCAGUCUGUGCUCAGCAAAACAUGCACAAGAAGUUUUUGUUGAGUGUAUACAGAAUAUUUGAUUUACUUACUGUCUGGAAGUUCUAUUAUUGCUAAAGCUUAAACCACUCAUGAAACUUAACGCAGCUCACUUUUCUAGUUGGGGGACAGUCUCAAAAAUGCUAAUUGACUUUUCAGACCUGUAGUUCUUUUUACAGAAAGUAUUUCCCAUUGUAAGUACUUUUCCCACACUAGUCUGCUAAAGUCAAGUGAAUUAAGUGGAUCACUUUCACAAGUGAAUAAAGGAGUCUUGAAUAUACAUAUCACAUUAAAAUAUUGUGAAUGGAUAAUGAUUUGAAAGUACGUGAAUAAUAUGUAAAAUGCAUAAAUGUGUUAUUUGUGAAAAUGCAUCUGUUAUUUGGUUAUCUAUUAAUGUAACUGAAACUUUGUAAUGUUAAACUUAAGGAUUGGUCUGUAGGGGAUAAUAGGUCUUUUUUCUCUUCCAUUCACUGAACUGCUUAUGCCAUUCUCGUUCUUAUAAAUAAAACUUGUAUUUCUUUCUUUCACAAAAGCAGGAUUUCCAUUGAUUUUUCUUGUUUCUGGUGAAUUUAAGUAUUUUAGUGCAUUCCUAUGGCCUUACGAACAUUUUUGCAAAUAAAACUUUAAUUACAGUUAUUUUAAUGCUAUAUAGCUACUAAAUUCAGAAUAAAAAGUAUAGUCCUUGAGAAAAUGCUUAAUUUUGAAAUAGAAGUGUUCUACUGUGUGUGUUUAAGCACAUUUUAUCUCUGGUAUAAAGGUGUAAUGUGAAAAGCUCCUGCAGAUAAAAGUGAACUUGUCAUGUGGUUAACUUGUAAACCUAAUCAUUAAUUGUGUAUUGAUGUGUAUAGACAAAAAAACCAAACCCAACCCCUAAAAAAGACUUCAUAUUCCAAUGGUUUUAUUAUUCCAUGUGAACUUUUUUACAACAAUGUGUGUCUCAAAUAAAAGUUACGUAAUGAAAAG